GAAGAGGAGGAGAGGAAGAAGGAAGAGAGGGAGGGAGGGAGGGAGGCGAUCAAACAACAUUCCUCCUCCUCGGUGGAAGUUUGCAUGAGAGAAAAGCAACAUGGCAGACGUGGUGCUCCAAACCGAGGGAGGAAGCGGCGGGAUUGUGAUCGGCGACGACUGGCCGGGUUACAGUUUGGAGCUCUUCAGCUAUCCGGCGCACUACGCGGGGGAUCUGCAAUGUGUCGUCGUGCCGCACGGAGUCAUCAUGGACAGAACGGAACGUCUGGCUCGCGACAUCAUGGACGACUUGGGCGAGCACGAUAUCGUCGUGCUGUGCGUGCUCAAGGGGGGGUACCAGUUCUGCGCCGACCUCGUGGACAAGAUCAAAGCGCUCAGCUGCAGCUCGGACCGCACCAUCCCCAUGCGAGUCCACUUCAUCCGCCUCAAGAGCUACUUGAAUGAUCAAUCCACAGAAGACCUUCACAUACUCGGAGCGGAGGAUUUAUCAUUUUUAGCCGGAAAGAACGUACUGAUUGUGGAGGGCAUUAUUGGCACGGGCGAGACCCUGAAGGCGCUCCUGAAGCACGUCCAGGCCUUCCAGCCCAAAAUGAUCAAAGUCGCCGGAUUGCUGGUGAAGAGGGUGCCUCGGAACACCGCCAGCCUCCCCGACUACGUCGGCUUUGAGAUACCCGAUCGCUUCGUGGUCGGAUAUGCUUUGGACUACAAUGAGUAUUUUCGGGACCUCAAUCAUAUUUGUGUGAUCAGCGACAAUGGCAAGAUGAAAUACAAGAUAUGAGGGAAGGAAGUCACGGUCAGUCAGAUGUCAUCUCAAACUUUUAGCUCGUCACAGCUGCUACAGAGAAGAUUUUUUUUUCUGCGACGUUACUGUUCAACAUUCGCGCUGUAGAAACGACCAGCCCAAAACACUGCCGUUCAACUCCAAGUGGAACUGGAUGUAUAAACCACUUUCUAAUAGGAAAUCAUGAAAAUAACUAGAGUUGUUUUUCAACUUUACAGUCACUACGUGAGUAAUUAACAUUAACUGUAAUACAUGUGUAAUAACAAUGAAUAUAGUACUCUUAAUGUUAGUGAAAGACAUCUGCACCCGUAGAAAGAUGUUGACCACCGUUUAAAGUUCGUACAACAAAACACUAUGGAGGAGGGGACCAGGAAUGCAGUGGAAGGGACUCGUAUUACAACUAACCCGAACGUCAUAGUAAGGAUAAUAAAGGAAAUUAACCUCCCGAAAUGUGAAAUUCAACCACGUUUUUUUUUUUUUUUUUUUUUUUUU